AUGUUACAGGUGAACCCUGACCCCUCCCCGGGGCACGCCUCUCCCCCUCCAUCAGCACACGGAAGGCCUCCAGGGCAGGUGGUCCAGAGACCCGCCGGCUUUCCGCGGCGAGGUAACCGCGGUAACCUGGGGGAGGGACAGCGGGUCUCCGCCCCGGUGCGGAUUAAGCACGCCCCGCUGCGUGUACGCGCUGCCCUUUCCGCGCUGGCGGGCGACCCUCGCUGCGUAAUUAACCGCGCCCGUUCUCUCUCCAUCGUCCCGCCAUCGCCCCGGCGGCCCCGGCUCUCCCCGCCCAGGGUCGCGGUCAAACCCAGGCCCCGUCGCCGGGGUAACGGCCCUGGCUCCGCCGCGGACAACGAAUGCGACGGGAAGUCCCGAAACUACCGCCGUGUCUCCGUGUGCUUUUACAGCAGAGGUCGAGUAGUCCAGGGAGGCCGCUGGGGCUGUUACAGGGAGGCCGCUGGGGCUGUUACAGGGAGGCCGCUGGGGCUCCUGUGUGCGGGAGCGCGGGACACACCGGCCGUGGCCGCAGGGCCGCUCGCUCGCUUGCUCUUCCCCGGCGCCGCCAGGCAACACUCUCUGCAGCGCGGCAUCGUUCGCCAAUCUGUGCCCGACCCGUCUCUCCCCUGGCCCGUCUCCCCUGCCCGUCUCCCCUGCCCGUCUCCCCCCGUCCCACCCCAGCUCUCCCCCCGUCCUGCCCCGUCUCUCCCCUGGCCCGUCUCCCCUGCCCGUCUCCCCCCGUCCCACCCCAGCUCUCCCCCCGUCCUGCCCCGUCUCUCCCCUGGCCCGUCUCCCCUGCCCGUCUCCCCUGGCCGUCUCCCCCCGUCCCACCCCAGCUCUCCCCCCGUCCUGCCCCGUCUCUCCCCUGGCCCGUCUCCCCUGGCCCGUCUCCCCUGCCCGUCUCCCCUGGCCUGUCUCCCCUGGCCCGUCUCCCCUGGCCUGUCUUUCCCCUGCCCGUCUCCCCUGGCCCGUCUCCCCUGGCCUGUCUCUCCCCUGCCCGUCUCCCCUGGCCUGUCUCUCCCCUGCCCGUCUCCCCUGGCUUGUCUCUCCCCUGCCCGUCUCCCCUGGCCCGUCUCCCCUGGCCUGUCUCCCCCCGUCCUGCCCCAGCUCGUCCCCCCCAGCUCUCCCCCCGUCCCACCCCAGCUCGUCCCCCCCCAGCUCUCCCCCCGAAUGGAAGUGGCUCCGCUCCAAUCCCAGCAAUCUGUGGCCGGCCGGUCCCAACCCAGCCCGUCUCCCCCCCCAGCUCUCCCCCCUGGUCUCCCCCCCCCGCUCUCUCCCCCCCCCCCGAAUAGAAGCCCCCCGCUCCGGUCCCGGCAGAGCUGGGGCACACUCCGCUGCACGCUCAUCUCGUUCCCGACCUCGUCGAAAAUCGGCGGCGGUGCAGUCGAUGCCAAUCCUGGCACCGUCCACAGCUCUGGGACCACCGGCUCAGAUCACGGCGCGAGCGACAAGCCAGCGAAGCACCAGCGGCGGUAG